GAAAAGUUUGACCUCGCGGGAAUCCGAACGAAACGCCUUCCUUGUCUCGUUGUUGGCAAUGCCAAACAUAAAAGUAUUUUCUGGCAGCUCAAACCAGGACCUAGCUCAAAAGAUAGCUGAUCGAAUAGGAUGCCGACUGGGAAAAGUUACUUCGAAAAAGUUCAGCAAUCAGGAGACAUGCGUUGAGGUUGGUGAGUCAGUUCGAGGAGAAGAUGUCUACAUAAUACAAACUGGUGGUGGAGAAGUGAAUGAUAACCUUAUGGAACUACUUAUAAUGAUCAAUGCAUGUAAGAUUGCUUCAAGUUGUCGCGUGUCUGCUGUCAUUCCCUGCUUUCCAUACGCUAGACAAGAUAAAAAGGAUAAAUCGCGUGCUCCCAUCUCUGCUAAAUUAGUCGCCAACAUGCUGUCAGUUGCUGGAGCUGAUCACAUUAUCACAAUGGAUUUACAUGCUAGUCAGAUUCAAGGAUUCUUCGAUAUUCCUGUUGACAAUUUGUAUGCUGAACCAGCAGUUAUUAAAUGGAUUAAAACAAAUAUACCAGAAUGGAAGGAUUGUUGUAUCGUUAGUCCAGAUGCUGGUGGAGCUAAAAGAGUGACUUCAAUAGCAGAUCAGUUGAAUGUGGAUUUUGCGCUUAUUCAUAAAGAAAGAAAACGUGCUAACGAAGUGGAUCGUAUGGUUCUUGUUGGUGAUGUAAGUAAACGUGUAGCCAUUCUGGUCGAUGAUAUGGCAGACACCUGUGGGACAAUUUGUACUGCAGCAGACAAAUUGAUUGAGGCUGGUGCUGAGCGUGUAUACGCUAUAUGUACACAUGGUAUAUUUUCAGGUCCAGCUUUAGAACGAAUUAAUAAGUCAGGUUUUGAAGCUGUUGUUGUAACGAAUACAUUACCACAAGAAGAAAAUAUGCGUAAAGCACCUAAGAUACAAUGUAUUGAUGUUAGCACUAUGCUGGCUGAAGCUAUCCGUCGAACACAUAAUGGUGAAUCUGUCUCCUAUCUGUUCAAUCAUGUCCCAUUGUAACAAUAGUUAUCAUCAUCAUCAUCAUCUCUUGUUACUAUUGAUGAUAAAAUAAACAUGCGCACAGAUUGAAUUCUCUUUUUUGUUGUUGUUCAUGUCAUCGAUUCAUAUUGUUUUAUAUAUAUGUGUGUAUACAUUUGAUGCAUAUGUGUAAACACUUUGUGUUUACAUUCACUUCUCCAUCUUCUUCUUCUUCAUCACCUUGUAUUUUUUCCUUUAGAGAUUAUUUGUUCAAUAAAUAGUAGAGAGUAUUUUGAUGUUUUUGUCAACAGAAGAAUAUCUUUGAUAAACUGGUAGAUAGACGUGUUUUUUUUUUUAACUUAUAUAUAUGCAUAUCUGUCUCUUGUGGUGACAUCUGUACAUCUGGUAAGAACAUUCAGAGUGUAAAGAUUAGUGUACCAGUGCCAGUGCCAGUGCCAAAAACACUGACUUGGCCAACAGCUUGAUUCAACUCUUGAAUUAUUCUUUAUGAAUAUUCAGUACCGCUUAUUUUCAAGUACAUAUUGUUCAUAAUGUGUAGUCUACUUGUUCACGAUUAUUAUUUAUUUAUUUAUUUAUUUAUUUUUUAAGAAAAGAAAUUUUUCAUAAUCAUUUUAUGAUUUUGAUUUUGUUUCGUUGAUUUGUCUGUUUUGUUUGCUUGUUUUAAUUGAUUGAUUUAUGUUACAGAGAGUGUAAUAGGUGUUUAUCAGUACAAUUCCCCCCCCCCCUGCCCCCCAAAUUUCUCCAUGAUAUUCAUUAUAUCAACUGUGAUUGGUUAACUUACUGUUUGAUUACAACCUGAUGAAGUAGGCUAUGAAUUGCCUUAAUUAGUGAUGACACACUGCUUUUUAUAUAGCGAGUGGGAUUCGAACCUGGGAAAGGUUGACUUCAGCAAGUGGUCUAGUUUCCAGUUAGCUUUAUUUGACAGUCUUAGAGUUUAGCUUACAUUAUUCCCAGUUUAAUUUAAUUUUGCCUUUUUGAUAUCCAACUUUGAUUAGUUUACUAAGCGGAAACUCUGACUAGUUAACUAACUGAGAUAAGAGGAUCGCUAAAUGUCGACCUUACAAUUUAACAACAAAAUUCACUUUGGUGAUUUAUACUAACCGCGUAACUUGAUGGUCCUAGGUCCGAUUUCCGGUGGAGUUUUAGGAGUGCAUUACUGAGGAGAAGAAUCAUUGAAAGAAAAUGUGAACCGUUGGACUGUUACCCGGGGACCCAAUAGUAACGUGCUUGCCGUGAAACCUGAAGAUCCUGAGUACGAUCCCGUCGUGCCUCUAGUGACACGCCAAGUUUGUGAACCAUCACAUAGCAGCACUGAGUUACUUGACUGAAUUGGUGUUGAAGAUCCGGAUAUUGAUCACGCUUUAUGCUGAGUGCAGUGCAGAGGUCUCCACACUGAUUAUUCAGAUUAAUGCUGGAAGGCCUGUCUUGCUGUCUUUCCGAUCAUGGCUUUGAAAUGCUCAUCUGUGCCGCAGUGUGUAGUUGAAACGAUGUUGCCUAUGUAGGUAGGUAGGUAGGGGGCUAUGUAGAUGAAAGAGACAACUUGCUUUACGUUUCUCCCCUUCAUGGUGAUUGGUGCUUGUUGUUGUUGGUGGUGGUGGUGGUUGAGUAUUGUCAUCACCCACGUUCACUUGAAGCAACUCGUGUAUUUGCUACCUCGCUUCUUCUACCAUUUUGUUUGUUUUCACCUGUAGAUCUUCGAGUUUGUGUGACAAGACAUGAGAUACAGAUCAUCAUAGACGAAAUGAAAAUCUUCUAAGGUGUUUUCAUUGGUCGAACAGCAUUCUCUUCUCACACCUCACAGUUUGUUGCAUAAUCCAGUCAUCCACAAUCAGGCAGAUGAUCGGUGAUAGUGAGCAACCUUGUCUUGUCUUACUCCUGUCUUCACUUCACUUCACUUUAAAGGCAUCUCUGAGCUUUCGAUUGUGAAUCACUUGUCAUGUAGUAUCUAGCAUAUAGAGCAUAUUGCUGUUGAAUGAGAUUAAUAAAUGUUGUGUCACUGAAGGUGUAGUGUUGAGGCAGCAGUAGCAGCAGCUGCCUGCCUGCCUGCCAAAUUACUUUUCGGUCGAUGCUAUGGAAGGUGUCUUGAAAAUCGAUGAAGUUGAGGUGAAGAGUUGACUGGUAUACUCUAUUCUGUGCUCUACUGUACGAUGAUGCAUAGCGUAGCGUAGCAUUACAAUUUGGUCUGAAGAUGAUUGUUUCUCCGUGAUGCCAACCUGUUCCGGUCGCAAUUUUGAAUCCAGCGCAUCCUUUCGUUUCUCCAGGAUGAUGCGGCAUAACAUUUUGCUUGUGGUGUGCAGUAGCAUGAUUCCUCGCUAUUUCAUGCAAAGGCUUAUGUCUCUUUUCUUUAGGAGUUUGACAAGGUAGCCCUUCUUGCAGUCUGCGGGUACCUUUCCUUCCGUCCUUCUUUGGAAACCUUCUGGAAUAGUGGUGUGGUGUGAGUAUGACCGCGUUGUCUGUUUUCAGGGCUUGUGGUGCGGAAUUCCAUGUGGACGUGUUGCUUCUUCGGAUUUCAGUAAGUUUAUGGCGUUCAUGACAUGGGCUUUUAAUCAAAGGAGAUUGUGUUGACUGGUAAUUCUGUGGCUUGGCUGAUGGUGGUAUUUGUGGACGAGUUGCGGAUGGUGGUGGUGUUGGUGGUCGACUGAAGAGUUUUCGAAGUUGUGAACACAUUGUUUCCUUUGUUUGUCCUUUUUGGAACUGGCUUUCCUUCACUAUCAUCUGUCAUUGGUUCCGUCUGCGUUGAUCUGUUCCCAGAUAGUAGCCUGGUUAUUUGAUUGAUAUAAUGUUGUCAGGUCACUGACUGACUGUCUGUCCUACAUGCAGUCUGCAGCGUGUUGUGCUUCACUUGGCAGUGUAUCGUAGAGGUAGGUGUCUUUUGUUUUUGCGCUCACUCUUCUUCACUUCUUUUUCCAGUGUAGCGUAGUGUAGUGUUUUAUAGGUUGAACUCAGUUCCUCUUUUCCUUGUUGAUCCAUGCACUGCACGCACUGCACUGGUUUAUCUUCCGCUACACCAUCUUCCUCUCGUGUAUCAGCUUUCAUGUGUCUGUCGAGAUCCAUUCCUGGUCUCGUUUCCUCUUCCUUCGUAACAGGGUUAUUCAGGUUUGCUUCCAGGUGUGUUUCAAAGUGUUCCAGUGUUGUUGUUGCCCGGAGGUUUGUUGAGGGAUGUUGCUGAAUGUCUUUUAUUUUGAUGUGAUGGCUGACGUGAAGAUGUCUUUCAGUUUCUGUUCUGGGUGUUCACUUGAAGUGUGGUGGUCUAUCACCAGCAGGUUGUUUGAAGGCUUUCGUGUUGAUUUUGAAGGUUGUUCACACUAGAUAGUGAAGUGAGUGAUGUGAAGCUACAUGUUCUCCCCUUGUUGAUCGAUCAGAUGUUGUGUCGAGUAGGCUGCGUGUUGACUUUCUUGAGAUUGUGAUGAAGUCGAUGUGAUUUUUAGUGGAGUGUGUCGUGGUGUCUGGUGAAGUCGAUGUCGGUCUCUUUGUGAAUAUCAUUGUGUUUGUUUACACUGCCUUGAAUCACCAAACCAUUGAAUGCGCAGAAAUCUGCAAGUAGUUCUCCAUUCUGGUUCAUUUCACCGAAUUCAUCUCGACCGAUGAUGUGUUGUCCGCUCAUAGUUUGGUAUUGAUGUCACCCCACGCAUUAGAAUGCAUUUGAUGUCGCCAACUGGAGUCUUGUCUAUUAGUGAUUGUAGUUGUCUAUAGAAUUCCUCUUACUUCUCUUGAUCUGCAUUACUUGUAGGUGGACGGCAUAGCGAAGCAUUGAAUGAUUGUAACUUUCCUUCCUUGUAAGUUAAGUCUUGCUGUGAUGAUGUUGAUCCUGGAGGAGACUGGUUAUGACUGCAUGAGAGGCUUUGAUGCUCUUGAAGGUGACAUCAUGAUGUCCACUCUAAAACUGAGUGUGCUCGUGGUUGUCGUGUGUGUGAGAAUAUCGGAGUAGAUUAUUGACUCUGUAGUUAAGAGUUGUGAGAGUCCACUUCCAUUCGACCUGCUUUCACAGAUUCGUAUCACUUCUAUGCCAUACCUUCUGGUUUGUUUUGGAAUCUGUGAAGCCCUGUUAGGUUGAUACAUAGUGUGAACAUUCCAUGUGGCGAUGUUUACUUUCGCUUUCAUGGAGAGAAUAGAAGAGACAUCGGUCGACUGGCUUGCUGAAGGCUUUGAUCAACUGGCGUUAUUUCGUUGUGGAUUGCAGCUAGGACUAAGUUUGUUUUUAUUUUUUAUAUUUUGUGUGUGCUUUGAAGUCUGUUUGGUGGUUGCAUUGAUUUUGUGGUGUAUGGUUGCUAGGCGUAUGUAUGCCCAGCCGAAGGUUCCCUGUUUAUCCGGGCUUAGGACCGGCUAGUAACUAGUGAACGAGGCGAGGUUGAUUAUGAUGGACGUUUUGGCAUGAAAUAGUGAUAUCCAAGUGGUUAAUCUUUGUAGUUGUUAACAUGACCCUGUGAAUCGAUUCAUAAUGUUUGUCACCCUUUUUUAUCUUAUUUUAUUUUGACUGAAAGUAUUUUCCAGCCAUGUGAUAUAUUUAUGCAUAUGUGCGCUGCAACAUCGAAAUCUUGUGUAAGUUCACUGAUUAAAGAAUAUUCCAGAACAUUGAGUAAUCAAGCUCUCUCAUAUUUUAUUUUUACAUGAGGCAUGAAUAGUGCACUUUAAGGUUUAUUGUUCUUCAGUCCACUUGAACUGUAGCUCAUUGGCUUUGGGAGCUAAGUUUCAACUAAUAAAUCAUGGGUUCGAACCCCACUCCACCUAUUGAGUAUAGGCUAGCCAGGCACUAGUAUCAUUAGCCAACUGUCACACGCGAUAGAUGUUUGGCUAAUCGCUACUGCACGAAUGCGCACAAGGUUGCUGAAUGGAUCUAAAUUUGCGAACGCUUGUGAUGUGCCAAUAUAUCUGUGUAGUGAUAAGGCAUACGUCACUGUCUAAGCAGUAUAAAGGUCUGCAUGGUUUAUCUAGAAAUAGCAUUUCAUGUUUUCCGAUCCAUACAAGAUCAUGAAAGUUUGCCAAUAUAGUCACAAGGUGAUACUACCUUAGAGGUCAACUGAAGCUCACCAAAAAGUUGCUUACAGGUUUACAUCAGAGAAAUAAUUAAAGUGUUUAAGGAGAUUUUGGCCGAGGUAAAACUAAGGAUUGAACAUACUUCUUUUCAAUACAGUGAUCAGACUUGAACCGCUGAAAAUUCCCAAAGCUUUAGUUUAGACCGUGUAGAAGAUAAUCUAUGCUGUCCUGUAUAGAGCCUUUAUAUACCAAAGUGUUUUAACAUUCCAUAAGUGAUGAUUUUAUUGAGUAAACUGGCGAUUCUGUGAUACUUCUUUGUGAUUCAUUAUGAAGUGAUUAUGAUAUUAAUGGUGCUGUGUUUACCGACGACUACUGUUGCUUCUCUAGACGGGAAUAGUGAAUCAGGCAGGCCUAUUGUAUCCGCCUAAUCUGUUACAUUUCAUACUAUGACAGGAAUAGGAAAUCAGCUAGAAUCAAACUGAAGUAUAAUGGUACAAGCAGUGGUUUAAAAUGUGAAAAGAGAAAUGCGAUUAAGAAAAAAAAAGCUGUUAUAAUUGGGUGUUGAAAAUAUAAAAGAAGAUAGUUUUACUUCCCGGUCAAAAUUAGACCUUUAUCACUGAGUUUGUACAACCAUCAAAUUCACCAGGCAAUUGUGUCAUAUUUAAGUGAUAAACUGGGUCACUUGAUUGGUAUCAUGGCAGUUCGAGCUUAGCAAUGGUUAGAGAAGCGGACCACUUCGUCUACUGGGGAAGUCUUAUCAGCCAUGAUGAGUCAUAGAUCGACGAAAUCUCCGCAUUGAUGAAAAAGGCUCUAUUGGUUUCCGUUAUGAUAUCCGGUUGUCUGUUAACGGUCCAGUGUACUGCGCUGCAGUUCGCUCUAUUCUACUAUAUGGCUGUGAAACAUUAUCAAUGCGCAACGAUCGUGAACAGUGGU